UAGGCUGACUGGCAUGUCCAAAGUGUCCGUAGUGUAUGAAUGGGUGUGUGAAUGUGUGUGUGAUUGUGCCUUGUGAUGGAUUGGCACCGUGUCCAGGGUGUACCCCGCCUUGUGCCCGAUGCUCCCUGGGAUAGGCUCCAGGUUCCCCGUGACCCUGAAAAGGAUAAAGCGGUAUAGAAGAUGGAUGGAUGGAUGGAUGGAUGUUUAACCAUAUAACACAGAUAUCCAAAUCUAGACUGAUUUAUGAUAUUUGCAAUGCAAGACAAGAGGCUAGUUAUAGCUAAAAAGUGUAGAAUCUUUAGCCUUUCAUAUGACCCAGUGUCCUUAGCUGCAGCUGGUUAAAGCAAUUAAUCGACACGGGAUGGUGAAUAUUAUAAACAAUUAUACGCGCAAUAUUCUGAAGAUAAGCAGCAGAUUUGUGUUUUGUAAUUUGCAGAUCCACAGCUAAAUCAUCAACCACUUUCCCCCUAGCAAAAGAAGCUUCUCCAGCAAGGCUGCAGGCGGAAGGAUACAUCCCUUUAACGCCUUAUUCUGAGUGAGCCUGAUGCACCCUGCCCAACUGUUGGUUAGCAAAAAAAAUAAUAAAUAAAUAAACGUGCCAAAGUGUAUCCUCACAUAACAUGUCAUAUUGCAAUAUAAGUACGAGAUUUCAAAAACUAUCCCUGCUAAAGCCAUUCUUCAUUCAUGAAUAUCGCGCGCUCAUAAAGCGGAACCGCGGACUAUAUCAUGACGCGGAUGUGUCAGAAACACACAAGUCGGUGGUGUAGUCAGGGCCAUCUUUGCUGGUGCUCUCCGCUCGCGCUUUACAGAGAGAAAUACACUGUACCACGCGAACUAAUCGGGUUAAAGCAUCAGUUUAACGGCUACCAAGGCUGAAUUAAGGAAGCUGCUGUGCUUGUUUACUUUUGACACCUUUAAAAAAACAAAAACCUGUCGCAGGGACAUCAGAGGGAUUGUAGCUGCACUGUAAUACAACAUGGAUGAGGAAUAUGAUGUGAUCGUCCUGGGCACCGGACUCACAGAAUGCAUUCUCUCUGGGAUCAUGUCAGUCAACGGGAAGAAAGUUUUGCACAUGGAUCGGAACCCAUAUUAUGGAGGUGAAAGUUCCUCCAUCACCCCUCUGGAGGAGCUUUACAAGCGAUUUGAGCUUCCGGACGGCCCUCCAGAGUCGAUGGGCCGGGGAAGAGACUGGAAUGUUGACCUCAUCCCGAAAUUUCUCAUGGCCAAUGGGCAGUUAGUUAAGAUGCUAUUGUACACUGAGGUGACCAGAUACUUGGACUUCAAAGUCGUGGAAGGAAGCUUUGUGUAUAAAGGAGGAAAGAUCUACAAAGUCCCCUCGACAGAGACUGAAGCACUGGCAUCCAAUCUAAUGGGAAUGUUUGAGAAGAGACGUUUCCGGAAAUUUCUCGUCUUUGUGGCUAACUUCGAUGAGAACGACCCGAAGACUUUCGAAGGUGUCGAUCCCAAGCAGACCACAAUGGGAGAGGUGUAUAAGAAGUUUGACUUGGGACAGGAUGUUGUUGAUUUCACCGGACACGCCUUGGCCCUCUACAGAACAGACGAUUACCUUGAGCAGCCAUGUCUGGAGACUAUUAAUCGCAUUAAGCUGUACAGCGAAUCAUUGGCCCGCUACGGGAAGAGCCCUUACCUGUACCCGCUGUACGGCUUGGGGGAACUGCCUCAGGGCUUUGCCAGGCUAAGUGCGAUUUAUGGAGGAACUUACAUGCUUAACAAGCCGGUAGACGAGAUUGUCAUGGAGGGCGGGCAUGUCAUUGGAGUCAAAUCUGAAGGAGAGAUUGCACGAUGCAAGCAGCUGAUCUGCGACCCCAGUUACAUCCCGGACCGCGUGCGCAAAGCAGGCCAAGUGAUUCGGGUCAUCUGCAUCCUCAGCCAUCCCAUAAAGAACACUAAUGAUGCAAACUCGUGUCAGAUCAUCAUCCCGCAGAACCAAGUUAACCGCAAGUCAGAUAUCUACGUGUGUAUGAUCUCCUAUGCCCAUAACGUGGCAGCCCAAGGCAAGUACAUCGCCAUUGUGAGUACCACUGUGGAAACCGCCGAGCCUGAAGCUGAAAUCGAGCCGGCACUCGAGCUGCUGGAGCCCAUUGACCAAAAGUUUGUGGCUAUCAGUGACAUGUACGAACCGACAGAUGACGGGUCAGAUAGCCAGGUGUUCGCGUCGCGGUCUUACGAUGCCACCACUCACUUUGAAACGACCUGCAACGACAUCAAGGACAUCUACAAGCGCAUGACCGGCAGCGACUUCGACUUCGAGAACAUGAAGCGCAAACAGAACGACGUCUUCGGGGAGGAAGAGCAGUGAGGGAGGGAGACGAGCUGGAGGGGAGGAGAAGGCAGUAGAUCAGGACAGCUGUGAGUGGGGCAGAUUUGAGGGUUUGUGCUUGCUUAGUAGAGGAUUUGUAGCUGGUAUCAGAUAAGCAGGAUUGUAGCGAUCAAACCAGGCUGCAGUUAUAGUUCAGCUGUCCUACAUUCUCCUUCUACUUGUCUUACUCCUUUGCUUCCUCCUCGCUCUCGACUCCUUUUUCCAAAUUAUGUACAUUUUAGCACACAGGCACAACUCUCUUAUACUCACGUUCCCCCUGCUCAUCCUUCACAAAGCAGUCUUACAUUUCUCGUGAAUACGGUAUGCGUCAUUUCCGAGCUACUAUCUUGUUGAAGUGAAACAUAUCCAAGCCUUAUUUAUUUAGUAAUUGUUUUGGUUUAUGAAUGAUGCCUUUCACAGAAAGCCCUUGUGUCUUUUCAAGCUCCAUUAACACUAGGAACAAGAAGAUAUCGCUGUGAAAAUCGCUAUAAACACAAACAUUUUUACUUCCCGAUCUGUUUUAAAAAAAAAAAGAAAAAAAAAAAGGAUUGUUAAAUGAACACCCCAAGAGAAUCACCUUUAAAAGCCUUCUGCUAGCUGAACGGGUGUUAAUGACAAGUCCACGACUGUACCCUGACGAUUUUGCACAUUCGCAUUUAUGAAGCAUCGUUCACAUGUCAUAACAAAAGGGGGAUGAUCUAAAAUGAUAGAAGAUUUGCCUUUAAUGUAUACUAUCGGUACGCAUGCAUGCAUCUUUCAUUCAACACCUUUCCAAACAACACUGCUUCGAACCUAAAGCCUCUACAGACACGCUCGGCUUAUUUAACUGUUGGAUAAGGAUGGGAAUGAGACCACUUAGGCGGUACGGAAUUGGAGAUUAAAAGCCAUUAACGUAAUAUUUCAGUUGCCCGUGUAGAAGCCGUGUUCAGGAUCUACAACAGCAGCAGUUUGUAUAGAAAUCAUGGUAAUGUGACUCUUUAAUAAAUAUCGUGCCCCUUUGUGGUUUGACACUUGUUUAUCUUCUAGGUGUUCUGGUUUGUUAAACUAGGCUGGACCCUGGUCUAAGAACUUGGAGUUGUGUGUUCUCUUCUUUCUCCGUGUUGAUUUUUUGAUAGAAAUUGUGCUGGAGUGCUUCUUCCCAUCAUGCUUGUUCAGCCACAGCAAUGAUUUAUACUUAAACAUUAAACACUGUAUAAAGACUUAACGUAUGUGUUAGGUUACCAUUUUUUAAAUUACACAAGGAAUAGAACUUUCAGGCUUUUCCUUGUGUUAUUUAUAAAUGACCAAAUCCAACCGAGGUUUCAUUCCAGCUUUUUAUUCUCAAAAAGUGCUCUUUGUGUUUUUGUUUUUGUUUGUUUUUUGUUCUGGGUUUUUUUUUUUUUGCGUUACCGCAGAUGGUUUUGGUGGACAUGUCGUCUCACCGUGAUGCUGAAUACUAUGCUACUAUAAGGACACACACUGGUACAAUUUCAUCUCCUUUCCUCCUUUCCUCCUUGUGUCUUAUUAACUGACCAAGAAAAAAAUUAACACUGGAAACUGGAUCAAAUAGCAUUAAUCUUACUGGUGAACGUAGCUCUUAUUGAAAUUGACCUACUAUCUGUUUUUUUUUGUUGUUGUUGUUGUUAAACUCUAGUAGCUGUUUAAAUAUUAUUUUUGCACUUUAUUUAUUUUCUGUAUGUGUAUCAUGGAACUAAACACUUAACACUGGCAUAUGAACGUGAAACAGUUGAUGACUAAGAUGUGACUUUAUCACAAGUGUUUGAGCAGUCUUGUGCAAUGAAUGAAAAAUGAAUUCAAAUGUGAAUAAAAUGCUGAAAAUAGGAGAGCCUUUGGUUUCUUUCUUUU